AUGAUGUUCAAAGGUUUGAGAAAGCGAUUGGGUUGGGGUUCCAGAGAAGAUGAUUCCGAUGAUGAAGAUGAUGCGUUCCGUGAAAGAGUUGCCAAAAAGAUUCAGUCUAGAAGACCACCAAACACUGCAUUUAGACAACAAAGACUUCAAGCAUGGCAACCCGUUCUAACUGCUAAAGUUGUGAUACCUUUAUUGCUCCUUGUUGCUGUGAUUUUUAUUCCUAUUGGUAUCGGUAUUUUUCUGGCUACAUAUAAUGUUGAACAGUUAAAGAUUGAUUAUUCAAACUGUGAUAAUCUCGCAAGGUCAUCGUAUACCGAAAUUCCCAAGAAAUUAUAUUCUUAUCAUUUCAAGAAGUCGAAAUCAUCAACAGCUGAAUGGAAGUAUGAUUCAAAUAAGAAAACGUGCACUGUACAGUUUGAGAUUCCAAAUGACAUCAAAGGGAACUUGUUCAUGUACUAUAAACUUACGAAUUUUUAUCAAAAUCAUCGUAAAUAUGUUGAAUCCUAUGAUUGGAAACAAUUACGUGGAGAGGCAGUACCACAUGACGAAAUUUCCAAAAAGUGUGAGCCAUUAAGGUAUCGUGAUGAUAAAAUCAUCUACCCCGCUGGAUUGGUCGCCAAUUCCAUGUUUAAUGAUACGUUCUCCAACUUAACAUAUGCGGGAUCAGAAGGAGAAGACUAUGAAUUUUCAUAUUCUGGGAUUGCAUGGAGCUCAGAUCUGAGCAUUUACAAAAAAACUGGAUAUAACCUUUCAGAUAUUGUUCCUCCUCCUAAUUGGGCCGAAAAAUAUCCAAAUGGUUACACAGAGGAUGACUUAGAAGCGAUUGCUAAGGAUGAGCAUUUUAUGAACUGGAUGAAAACUGCUGCUUUGCCGAGCUUUAUGAAGUUAUAUGGGCAAAAUAAAAAUAAAGGUGAGAUCCUGAAAACUGGGAAAUAUUCCGUAGACAUUCAAAUGAAUUAUCCGGUUACUGUUUUUGGAGGAUCAAAAUCGUUGGUAAUUACCACUUCUUCUGUCAUUGGGGGUAGACAUGUUGGAUUGGGUGUGUGUUACCUAGUUGCAGGUGGAGUGGCUGUCGUUUUUAUGCUGCUGUUCCUUGUCAAACAACUUCUCACUAGAAGCAAGAGAGAACAUGCAUUCUUUGACAGCCUUAACGACGGACAUCCUCUUAAUAGUGAUCCUGUCGGUAUGAGGCAAGUGUUAUAG